GGAACAUUUGCGGUUUCUGUCAAUAACUACACUGAAAUGAUGCCCUGCUCGUUUCUACUCGUCUUGCCGUUGACCCUUCACCUUUACACAGUGACUGUGCAGGCUGGACCUUGCCAGACCUGCCGCAAGCUUACGGAGAACUUCAUCACGGGCCUGGAGAGAACUGCUAAUAAAAACUUUGGUGGAGGGAACACAGCUUGGGAAGAAGAAAAGCUGGCCAAAUAUGCUCGCAGUGAGACUCGUCUGUUGGAGAUUGUUGAGACAGCGUGUGAGAAAUCUGACUUUGAAUGUAACAAACUGCUGGAACAAAUCGAGGACCAAGUUGAAACAUGGUGGUUCCACAGGCAGCAAGAGGCACCAGACUUGUUUGAGUGGUUGUGUAUAGAAGAGCUGCGGCUUUGCUGCCCUCCAGGCCGCUUUGGAACAAAUUGUGCAGAGUGCCCGUCAGGACCCGGUGGUAUAUGUGGAGGUCUUGGACGCUGUGAGGGUGAGGGAACACGACUGGGAGACGGAGAGUGUGUGUGUGACCCGGGCUACUCAGGUCCACUGUGCCAAAGCUGUGCGGAUGGCUACUACAGAGAAAAAAGCUCCAACCACUCACAGCCUCCCUGCUCAGCCUGCUAUCACUCCUGUAAAAAAUGUACCGGCCCUCAAGACUACAAAUGUCUGGAUUGCAAGCCGGGCUGGAUACUUCACGACAACAAGUGUGUGGAUGUAGAUGAGUGUGGCACUGAGCUGGCGCGCUGCUCGUCCAACACUUACUGCUUCAACACAGAUGGCUCGUAUGAAUGCAGAGGUUGUGACCAGGCGUGUGUGGGCUGCAUGGGCAGUGGUCCAGCCCGCUGUAAGAAAUGUGCCAGAGGUUACAGACUAACAGGAGCAAAGUGCCUUGAUAUUGAUGAAUGUAAGGAGAAAGCGAUUGCAUGUCCUGGACUGAAUGAGGCUUGCAUUAAUGAGGAGGGUUCAUUCCGCUGCGAGUGUGCAGACGGCUUCAUCCGCAGAGACAGUAUCUGUGUGGAGAACCUGCCACCUACUGAACCGGACAAAGGUUUGUUCGACGACAUGACCGAUGAUGAAGUCCUCGUCCUUCAGCAGAUGUUCUUUGGGGUUGUGAUCUGUGCACUAGCCACACUAGCCGCCAAAGGAGACAUGGUCUUCACCGCCAUCUUUAUCGGGGGCAUCGCUGCCAUGGCCGGCUACUGGCUCUCGGAGAAAGGCGACCGCAUGCUGGACGGUUUCCUCAAAGGACGUUAACCAAUCAGAGGCUCAGGAAUGUUGGAGUGCGUAGGAAGGGGCGAAUGGAAUACACGCCUAUAUAUAAGGCAAGCAAAACUCGAAGUGGGAGGGGCUGGGAGCUGGUGGGGUGACUAUAGCAACGCUGCUGCUGGACUAUGCUAACGGUUUUUACUAUGCUUCUUUAUACGCACAGUACAUGCUCUGCUGCUCACUGUAAAAGAAUAGAUCGAGAUAUGAUUUGAUAUGAUAUGAUAUGAUUACGUUAUAGAAUGUAUUGCUGUAUGUCGGCAUGGAUCCGUUUCCGUUUAGAAAGUACAACAUAUCACAGAACUGUCGCUAGGUUCACAUUGACAUAUUAGCUUCCAUACCAAAAAUAGAUUAAUAAGCACUGCUGGUGUGUUUAUGGGCGGGGUUUAUCUUCUCUACAUCAAUGGCAUUACUGGAUCAUGUCUCAAACCAAAUACUACACAAUAUAAAUUCAUUUUUAUUCUGCUUUAUCCUGGUCAGGGAUGCAGCGGGUCUGGUUUCACAGGGAAAGGCAGAAAUACCUCAGA